UAUUAAAAUACUGUGCUUUGUCCUUUUUACUUCACAGAACAAAAAUCACACUUUGAGACAAGAUCCUCAUUUUCAGGCGCUGUCGGUUUACCAGCGUUAACAAACCAAUGAAAAGAGAAAACACAAACCAAUAGAAAGCUCCGGAACAGCUACUGAGUAGACUUCUGAGAGCCAAGAUGACGAAGGCGGACCUCCUUAACCUUCUGGAAGAUUUAACAGAUGAUGAAUUUAAGGAUUUCAAGUGGUACCUGGAGCAUGAAACGGUGGACGACAUCCCACCCAUCAAAAAGAGCAAGCUGGAAAAGGAAGAGAGGCGGGAUGCUGUAGAUCUGAUGGUGCAGAAAUAUGAAUUUUCUGGAGCUGUGGAGGUGAUGAAGAGCAUUUUAAAGAAGAUCAACAGGAAUGAUCUGGUGGAGGAGUUAUCAAACAUCGGCUCAGGAGCAGAAGCAGAUGGUGAUCUGCAGAAGGGCUUAGUUAUAUGUAAGAUCAAUCUGACGAGGAGGUGUCAAAAAAUGACCGAAACAAGUGAUGAACCAGAAGAUGAAAUCCUCUUCGACGAUAGAUACACUGAUGUCUACAUCACAGAGGGGAGGAGUAACGAUGUUGAUACUCAACAUGAGGUGUGGCAGCUUGAGACAGCUUCCAAGAUGAAGACCCUCCAUGACACUCCAAUCAAAUGCCACAACAUCUUUAAAGCCUUACCCAACCAAAAGAAAUACAUCAGAGUUGUUCUGACUAACGGCGUUGCUGGUGUUGGAAAAACUUUCUCAGUGCAGAAGUUCACUCUGGACUGGGCAGUGGGCUCCGAAAACCAAGAUAUUAGUCUGGUGGUUCUGCUUCCGUUCAGAGAGCUGAACUUGAUCAAAGAUGAGCAGUACAAUCUGAUCAUGCUGAUCCAAGAAUGCCAUCCAACAUUACAGCUCACAACAAAGAAGCUCACUGUCUGUAAAGUUCUGUUCAUCUUUGACGGCCUGGAUGAAAGCAGACUUUCACUGGAUUUCAACACCAGGGAAGUCGUGACUAAUGUCACACAGAAGUCAUCAGUCAGCGUGCUGUUGACAAACCUCAUCAAGGGGAACCUGCUUCCCUUGGGUCUCAUCUGGAUAACUUCCCGACCUGCAGCAGCCAAUCAAAUCCCUACUUCAUGUGUUGACAGGGUAACAGAAGUACGAGGCUUCACUGACGCCCAGAAGGAGGAGUACUUCAGGAAGAGAUUCAGUGAUGAAGAGCAGUCCAGCAGAAUCAUCUCACACAUCAAGACAUCCAGGAGCCUCCACAUCAUGUGUCGCAUCCCAGUCUUCUGCUGGAUCACUGCUACAAGUCUGGAGGAAAUGUUGACUUCAGACGAGAAAGAAGAGCUGCCCAAGACCCUGACUGACAUGUACUCAUACUUCCUGCUGAUUCAGACAAAAAGGAAGAAGAACAAGUAUGAUGAGGGACAUGAGACGAGUCCAGAGGAGCUGACGGAGGCUGACAGCGAAGUUCUUCUGAAGCUGGGGAGGCUGGCGUUUGAACAGCUGCAGAAAGGAAACAUCCUGUUCUACCAAAAAGACCUGGAGCAGUGUGGUCUUGAUGUCACAGAGGCUGCAGUGUUAUCAGGAUUUUGUACACAGAUCUUCAAAAGAGAGAAACUCCAGAAGAAAACAGUCUACUGCUUUGUUCAUCUGAGCGUUCAGGAGUUUCUGGCUGCAGUCUACAUGUACCACUGUUACACCGACAGGAACACAAGGGUACUGAAAGAUUUCCUGGGAGAAGACUACAGUGACGCAUCUCUGGAUCACUUCCUGAACAGGGCCAUGGAGAAAUCUCUCCAAAGUAAAAAUGGCCGGCUGGACCUGUUUGUUCGCUUCCUUCAUGGCCUCUCCCUGGAGUCCAACCAGAGUGUCUUAGGAGACCUGCUGGGUCAGACAGACAACAGUCCAGAAACCAUCCAGAGAGCCAUCAACAAACUGAAGAAGAUGAACACUGUAGAGAUCUCUCCUGACAGAAGCAUCAACAUCUUUCACUGUCUGAUGGAGAUGAACGAUGGCUCAGUACAUCAGGAGAUCCAAGAGUUCCUGAAGUCAGAGAACAGAUCAGAUAAAGAACUCUCUCUGAUCCACUGCUCAGCUCUGGCCUACAUGCUGCAGAUGUCAGAGGAGGUUCUGGAUGAGUUGGACCUGGAGAAGUACAACACAUCACAUGAGGGAAGACAGAGACUGAUCCCAGCUGUGAGGAACUGCAGAAAGGCUCGUUAAUGAACACAGGUCUUCUAUUUAUUUCUAGUAAUUAUUGGAUUUCAUAGUUUUUUCUUCUACUUUUCUUCCUUUGGGUGUUGGAGGCAUCAUUGAAACUUGGU